AUGGACGAAGAAUAUGAAAGUGUUCUGCUUGUUAUAAGAGAAUGUCUUGUGUAUCGCAUUCCCCCACGAACUUCGAGCAGAGGAUAUCGAGCGCAAGAAUGGGGAGAUGCGGGCACGUUCUUAUGGAAGGGCCGGCUACGCGUAUUUGCAAAAGGCAACAAAUGCUUCAUUCGGCUAGAGGAUUCGACAACAGGCGAACUGUUCGCUGAAUGUCUCCAUGAUCCUGCAACAAACUCGGUCGAACCAGUCCUCGAUUCCUCACGCUACUUUGUACUCCGAAUUGAAGAUAAAGGUCGCCAUGCAUUUAUUGGAAUUGGUUUUCAAGAACGCAGCGAAGCGUUUGAUUUCCAAGUUGCCCUUCAAGAUCAUGUAAAGCAUGUGAAAGUGGAGAAUGAAACCAAGGAACGGGUGGAGAAGGAAAAAGAAGGAGCUGCGUUACCGAAAAUGGAUUUUAGUUUGAAAGAAGGAGAGACGAUUAGCAUUAAUAUUGGCGGGAAUCCCCAGCGGCGAUCACGUCCUGUCGCACAGACAAGUUCAAGUUCUGGGCCCGAUCAAUCCAUACCAUUUCUUCCUCCUCCUCCAUCCGCAGCUUCAAUGAGACAGAAACUACAAAAAGGUACAAUGCAACUUCCCUCGGCUCGUCGUUCGAGAUCACCAUCACCAAAUGAAUUUGGAGAGUUCAUGGAUGCAAAUGGGCCUGGAACUUGA